AAGAGGAACCCGCCAAAGAUUGGCUCCAACUCUGAGAGGAAGCCGGGCUGAACGGGCCCGAAUUCCUUCGCCAAAGGAGCCAUGGCACAUUUGAAGAAGUUGCAGACCGAGAUUGACAAAGGCUUGAAGAAAGUCGAUGAAGGUGUGGAAGAGUACAAUCGGCUAAAAGAUGCACAUCACCGUGCUUCCCAGCCCAAUCAGAAAGAAAAACUGGAGGAGAAUCUGAAAGCUCAGAUCAAGAAGCUCCAGCGGGAUCGAAAUCAGCUUUCCAGCUGGAUUGCGGAGAAGAGUGUGAAGGACAAAGAUCUCUUGAUGGAAGGCAAGAGCAAAAUCGAGGCUCUCAUGGAUCAUUUCAAGGACUUCGAACGUGAGUCCAAGAUGAAACGAUUCUCACAGGUGGGCCUGAACAAAGAAGAUCGGGCAGAUCCAGAAGUACAGAAACGCCGCGAGAUGAUCACAUGGAUCCAAGAUAUGCUCUCCAAUCUGGAGAAGGAGUUUGAUGAGCUGACAGCAGAGGACCAAAGAUUGACGUCUAGAAAGCCUUCCAAGAACUCGAAAGAGGAGGCAAAUUUGGCCUUUACCAAGAGAGUCUUGGAGUCUCAUAGGUGGCACAUGAACAAGCUGGAACAGCUUCAAAGAAAGCUGAACAACGAAGACGUGAAUGUGGAGAGCUUGGAGACGCUGAAAGACAGCCUCACAAAUUACAUGGAUGAGGGAAUAAAUCAGAGGACCGCGGAGGGCUUCAUGGAUUUCAACGAAGCCUAUGACGACUUCAAUUUGGAAGAGGUGGAAGACUACCUGGCAACAGGCAGGGAAAAGGAUGAUGAGGAAGAGAAGGAAGAAGUCAAGAAGGAGGAGCCGAAGCCCAAGGAGCCUGCAAAGCACAAGGCACCCAGUAUCUCAGUGCACCCACGGCCAGUGGACGAGAAACCCAAGGAAAAGGUCGCAUCCAAACAGAUUGCAACGAGAGUGCUUGCACAGCCACCUGCUCACCAAGCGCCCAGCCAGGCUUCGCAUGCGAUGCCAAGUGCCGUUGCAGCGGCUGCUGCACCUGUGGCCUCCCCUGCACCAAGUCCACAUAUACCAAAGCAGCUAACGGUAGCUCCACCGCCCCAGGUCCAGGUGCCACCGCAACCUCCUGUGCAUGUAGGCCCCGCCGAUGGCAUUGCGCCCACCGUGCCACCACCUUCCCAGCCGCCCCCAGCACCCGAUGCAGUACCCGCCCAUAUUCCCCCGCCAGCCCAGCCACCACCACCACCCCCACCUCCCAGCUAUGCACUGCCGCCAGCUCCAGCAGCUGGACAUUUUGGUGCACUGCCACCUGUAGGCCCUCCACCGCCUCCAAAUGAGGCCCCUCCUGUUGCUGUUGCUCAAGCACAAAAUCAGAUAGCAGUGGCAGAAGGACCGGCUGACCUGCAAUAUGCGGCUUUGACAGAAGAGCAAGAAAGGAAUCACGCCCUUUUCGAGGCGUCAGGGCGCUUUAUGCCCUUGCCCAGCGACCGGAGGAAGAAUAGAAGUUAUUCGCCGAUGAUCCCCUACAUCCACAGAGAUGCAGCCGGGAGAGCCUUGUAUCCAGAGGAGCCGCACAGGUCCUCUGAAGAUCCCAGAUAUUUUGCGCGUUAUGACCCUGAAACCCUCUUUUUCAUCUUCUACUUCCAACAGGGCACCUAUCAGCAGUAUCUGGCGGCCAAGGAAUUGAAUAGGGCGACAUGGAGGUACCACACGAAGUACCACACAUGGUUUCAGCGCGCCGAAGAGCCUGUUUAUACUGCACCGGAGCUUGAACGUGGCGCCUAUAUUUUCUUCGACUUCGAGACCAGAUGGGAGUCGGCAGUGACGAAGCAAGACUUCACCUUCGAAUAUGCCUGGCUGGAAUCCUCUGACCUUUGAAUUCUGGACUGACCCAGCUGCUGUGGCCGCCGCCAUGGCCGAGCUGUGGCAAGAUUUGAGUUGAUUAUGCUGGUGGCCAUCGGACAGACUGCAGGGCCAGAGAGAAAAACAUGCAAAAAGU